CUUCAGUGAUGUGUCAGAGAGAAUGGUAGCUGACUGAUACAUACAACAAAAGUUGCCUUUGUACACUGGCAACAUGUCACACAAUGGAUGGACUUUCCUCGUAAUAUUAUUUACCUUUGGUUCAUGUGAAUCAAUCCGACCCAUAUGCAAAACAGAUGACUGUAAGAAAACUGCCGAUAGAAUCCUGAACUACAUGGAUCCUUCUGUUAGGCCCUGUGAUGACUUCUACAAAUUUGCUUGCGGGAAAUUCCUGGAAUCUGCAGAACUCCGAGAUGAUAUGACAGAAAACUCUUCGUUCAGCCAAGUUAAUGAUAUACUGGAAGAUCAGUUGAAGGCUAUAGUUUUCGAAGAGUCAAGACCUGAUGAACCUUACCCAUACCAGACAAUGAAACAUUUGUUUUAUCUUUGUUUAGAUGAAGUUGAUACAUACUGGAAUAACUCUCGGUCUAUAGACAAGAUAGAUGCCAGAGGAGUAAAUCCAGCGUUCUCCAGGCUGGCAGCUGCUGGAGGCUGGCCGGUGCUGGGAAACUGGAGCGAGUUUGGCUGGAGCUUCCUGGAGACUGAAAUACGACUGAGAAACCUCUCUAUCGGUGGCGGAAGUCUCUUCCAGAUAUCCGUAUCCAUUGAUGCCAUGAAUACCAGCAAACGUGUCAUCAAGAUUGACCAGGCCGGCUUGGGACUGCCACGGGAGUUUCUAGUCAAGGGACUGAGCGACCCCAUAGUCCAGGCCUACUACAGUUACAUGGUGGACAUAGCGGAGAUGUACGGAGCAGAUAGACGACUGGCACAAGUGAAACUCAACGAGAGUUUGAUGUUCGAGAUAGAGCUAGCAAAGUACUAUAUGUUUGAGAUUACAGUACCUCGAGAACGAAGGCGGGACUUUGAACGCAUGUACAACCCCUACGGGCUGGAUGAUCUGAUGGCAGAGUUUGGCUGGGUCAACUGGACAGCACUUCUGGAAAGCAUGAUGCCAGUGUCUGUGCAGCUCAGAAAAAACGAGCUGAUUAUCGUCAGUGAAGUGGAGUUCCUCAAGAAGCUUGAGGUGUUCCUACAGAAGUACUCUGAUGAAGUGAUUGCCAACUACAUGAUGUGGCUAGCAGCUAGCGAUAUGGCGGACAUGCUGACCAAUCAGAUGAGGAAUAGGAAGAGGGAAUAUGCGACUGUAGGUGCGCAAGAGCCACGGUGGAAGGAGUGUAUCGGAGUCGCUUCAAGCCUUUCACUGGCUCUUUCUUCACUUUACGUCGAGAGAUACUUUGAUGAGACCUCCAAAAAGGCAGCUCUGAAUAUGACUAAUAUGAUACGUGAAGAAAUCAUCCGUGACAUUCAAGAACUGGACUGGAUGGAUGAAGAAACCAAAAAACGAGCCUUGCACAAGGCAUCUCAAAUUGUUCAACAUAUUGGUUAUCCUGAUGAGCUUAUGGAUAUGAAAAAAAUUGAAGAAUACUAUAAAGGGCUGGACAUUGACAAAGACCAGUACUUCGAAGCGUUGGUCGAUCUGUCUCGUUGGGCCAACGACUACAAGUUCCGCCAACUGCGAGAGGAGGUAAACAGGACAGACUGGAGGUCGCAUGGUACUGUCACUACGGUAAACGCCUUCUAUUACCAUAUGGAGAACUCAAUGCAAUUUCCAGCUGGAAUUCUCCAGCAGCCGUUCUUCAGCGCUCGGGUUCCUCAGUAUGUAAACUACGCUACGAUAGGGUUUGUUAUUGGUCACGAGAUUACGCAUGGAUUUAGUUAUAAGGGCAGCCAGUUUGAUUAUAAGGGCGACCUUAACGAAUGGUGGGGGAAGGAAAGUAAGGAGAAUUUUAAGAAGAAGAAGAUGUGUAUAAUAGACCAAUACGCCAGCUAUAAAGACAGUCAGACUCAAUUAAACCUGAACGGCAUCAACACACAGGGAGAAAACGUGGCAGACAACGGUGGAUUCAAGUUGGCCUAUCUUGCGUACCAUCGGAUGGCAGAUCAACUGAUGGAACCGGAACCAGGGUUGCCUAACUUAGAACAAUACAGCAAUGAUCAGCUGUUUAUGAUCAGUACUGCCAACCUCGAGUGCACGCGGUAUCGCCCUGACGCUCUCAGACUACAGAUCACUACAGACCCACAUUCCCCGGAAGAGUUUAGAGUUAACGGAGUCAUGAAGAACUUCCCGGAGUUUAGUAAGGUGUUCCAGUGUGGCCCUGGGGAUGCUAUGAAUCCGGAGAAUAAGUGCGCUGUUUGGUAAUCCCGGUAAAAAUUGCUGGAAUUAGUAUUAAUUGUGCUUUUAAUUAAUUAAUUUGUACUAGUUUGCUUUUUAGUAUGGUUUUUGUCAUGUAAGUUUGCAAAUAAUUAGAAAAUUGAAUCUGAAUUAGGAGUUAAUAGAUUGUAGUAUUCACUCCGUACAUUGUUAGAAUAUAGCUAAAUAAACAGGUAGAGUUAAACAU